AUGGUCGACGAGCCCUUGCCCGUUGCCUUUUCGCCUUUUUGGCCAGGGACAAGGGAGGCAUACCUGAUGAUACCCCAGUGCCUAGGUGACAAUACAGGUCCACAGGAACGGUUAAGCGAGUACUAUAAAAGCCAUGCACUGGCGACGAGGCUCAAGCAGCAGCUCAAGCAGCAGCCCACAUUCGACGGGCAGCUACAGCCGCCUUUCGGACCCAGCGGGCCACCAGAGUGCUCCUGGCUGGAUCCCAAGGCGGAGGCAGUCGGACAGCAGCUCUGUCAAGUCGCCAAGGAGGUCCUGGAGCUGGUCUCGCACGUGAACGACGUCUUGAUAGAGGAGCCUCCACUACAAGCCGGAAGCACCUGA